GCCCUCGCUCAGACCCUACUUCUUCUCUCUCUAAUAAAUGGUCCCAGACCCCCCUGUCGCCGCCCACUGUUAUUCUCCAACUCCAUGACAUUUGUUUAUUUAUAUAUAUAUACCUCACCCCGAGAUAUGGGUGAACUCGAAAAAUAGAUCAAGAUCCCACAAGGACAGGGAGAAAUGGAGAAAUCUUGGUGGGGGUUCUUCAUCAACUUUUUGAAAUGCUCGCCCUCCGCCCGCAAAGAAGUGGUGGCGGUGGACGGAGACGAUGCUAAUCUCCAGGCGGUGGAAAGGAGGAAGCCUGGGGGCUGGAAAUGCAUGCCGUACAUCAUCGGGAAUGAGACGUUCGAGAGGGUGGCGUCGUUCGGGCUGACGGCGAACUUCACGGUGUAUCUGGUGAGCAAGUACCACAUGAAGAAGGUGGCGGCGGCGAAUUUGGUGAACGUUUACAGUGGGGUCGUAAACUCGGCGCCGCUGCUGGGGGCCUUCAUCUCCGACGCCUACUGGGGCCGAUUUCGCACCCUCGCGUAUGCCUCCAUCGCCUCCCUCUUGGGAAUGGUGGUGCUGACCAUCACGGCGGCAAUCCCCCAGCUCCGGCCGGCGAGCUGCAGCCCCGAAGCGGAGCAGGCCGGGCAAUGCGCGGGCCCAACAAGAGCCCAGAUCGGCAUCCUGAUGCUCUCGCUGGCCCUCAUGUCGAUCGGCUCCGGCGGCAUCCGGCCGUGCAACCUCCCCUUUGGCGUGGACCAGUUCGACAUGACCACCGAGUCCGGCCGGCGUGGCCUCGCCAGCUUCUUCAACUGGUACUACUGCACCUCCACCGCCGCCAUCAUAUUGGCGAUGACCUUAAUUGUGUACAUCCAGAGCAGCGUCAGCUGGCCGGUGGGGUUCGGCAUCCCGGCGGGCCUGAUGGUGGUUUCGAUCGCCUUGUUCUUCCUUGGGAUGAGGCUCUACGUGUACGUGCCGGCGGAGGGCAGCGUGUUCUCCGGCGUUGCGCAGGUGUGUGUGGCGGCGUACAGGAAGCGGAAGCUGGAGCUGCCGGCGAAGGACGAUGUGGUGGAGCAGGAGAGGAUGCUGUACGACCCGCCGACGGUGAGCCAUAGGGUGAUGAAGCUUCCACUCACGCUGCAGUUCAGUUUCUUGAACAAAGCUGCCGUGGUAUGCGAGGGGGAUAGGAAAGAAGACGGCACCCCGGCGAGCUCAUGGAGGCUAUGCAGCGUCCAACAGAUAGAAGAAGUGAAGUGCCUGAUCCGCAUUCUGCCCAUCUGGCCGGCGGGCCUCGCCUGCUUCGUGGCAUUGUCCCAGCAGUGGACCUUCGUCGUUCUCCAAUGCCUACAGAUGGAUCGCCACAUCGGCCCGCACUUCCAGAUCCCCAGCGCCUCCGUUCCCAUCGUCGCCUUGCUCGCCCUGACCCUGUUCAUUCCCGUCUACGACCAGGUGUUCAUCCCGCUGGCCAGGAGAUUGACCGGGAUGGAGAGCGGGAUCACCGUUCUCCAGAGGCAGGGGGCAGGGAUCGUGAUAUCCGCGCUGUCCAUGGUGGUGGCGGGCCUGGUGGAGCGCAUGCGGCGGAACUCGGCCGUGGCCCACGGCGGUCUCUACGGGUCUUCGCCGCUGCCCGCCGCAUGGCUCGCACCGCAGCUCGUUCUGAUGGGCAUCGCGGAGGCGUUCAACGCCGUGGGGCAGGUGGAGUUCUACAACAGGCAAUUCCCCGAGCACAUGCAGACCAUGGCGGGCGCCCUCUUCAACUGCAGCCUGGCCGGGGGGAGCUACCUCAGCGCCAUCCUCGUGGUCGCCGUCAGGAAGUAUACCACCUGGCUCAAGGACGACAACAACGUCAACGCCAACAGGCUCGACUACUUCUAUUAUCUCAUAGCCGUCUUUGGUGUCGUCAAUACCCUCUAUUUCCUGGUGGCUGCUCAUUUCUACCGUUACAAGGGUCUUCCGGAGGUGCAACCCAAGGAAGAGAGCGAGGAGAGGCCGGCCGCUUAGGCACAGGGGAGAGUACCGGGGAAGGUAUAUUCGGUGUUCGGGGACAAUUCGGCUGUAAUAUCAGUGAUUUUAAAUUCGGACAAAAUUUAAAAAUUUUAUCAAAUGUUCCAAAAACUCAAAUAACAA